GGAAAUGUCUGACAACUCCAACAGGAAAAGAAAGUUCCACGAUAUUGACAUAGGAGAAGACUUUGAAGAAAGUGAAAACCAGGAUGAUCCUGACCAGAGAGUCGGCUCCAGACAGUACCAUACAGACCCAAUGGAAAUGGAUGAUGGAGAGAAUUUUUCUGAAGAAGAGAACCAUAACUACGAGCCUGAUAUUAUCCCUGGCGAUCAUGAUGGCAAUGACAGUGAUAAUUGCUCAGGAGAGGAUCUUAUGGAUAAUGCUGAAGAAGACUACAAAGAGAUCCCUGAGCUUGAUAGAUAUGAAAAUAGAGGCCUUGAUGAUGACCAAGAAGUCAACCAUCUACAACUCAAUGCUGAUGAUAGAGCCAAAGUAGACCUACUCCUUGACCAGAGAGAUAGAAGAGAAGGAAUCGAUCUCCGUAGAGUCCCAGUAGCAAUGAUGGACGAAGAGAAUUCUGAGAAUUCAGACUUAGCUAGAGAGUUAAGAAAGGAACGCCUUAGGAGAGAUCAUCGUGAAGAGGAAGAUGACGAGAUUGAUGAAGGUUACUUGGAUUAUGAAGAAGCUAAGGGAAAUCUUUCUGAAUGGCUAAGACAACCGAAGACAGUAAAGUUUAUCAGACAUCAAUUCUCAAGCUUUCUCAGAAGCUACAAGGAUGAACAUGGCAUUGAUGUAUAUGAGCAAAGGAUCACUGAAAUGUGUUCAAAAUAAUUCGCAGAGUCUAGAAAUUACUUACUCCCAUCUUUCUACUAAAAACCCAACUCUUGCCAUUUGGGUGGCUGAACACCCAAAGCUAAUUAUCCCUAUCUUUAAUGAAGUUGCCUUUGAGUUAGUCAAUGAAGUCUUCCCAUCCUAUGAGAAUAUCUACAAGGAAAUCUUUAUCAGAAUUAAGGACCUUCCUAUUGAAGAUAAGCUCAGAGAUCUCAGACAAAUGCAUUUGAAUGCACUAAUAAAAAUUAAGGGAGUUAUCACUAAGAGAACUGGAAUUUUCCCAAAAAUGAAGAGAGCUUUCUUCUUCUGCAAAUGUGGAGAGAGGAAAGGACCUAUAAUCAUUGCCUUGAGUGAAGAAGCUCAAAUGGGAAAUUGCUACAGAUGUCAUUCCAAUGGACCUUUUACAUUAGACAGUGCUGACACUGAAUAUAGCAAUUAUCAGAAGAUUACUGUUCAAGAAACUCCUGGAACAGUGCCACCUGGAAGAGUUCCAAGGCAAAAAGAAGUAAUCUUAACAGGCGACCUAGUUGAUUGAGCGAGACCAGGAGAUGAGGUAGAAGUUACUGGGGUCUAUACCAGCCACUUCGACCAUUGUAUGAACAUCCAGCACGGAUUUCCAAUCUUCUACACCUUCAUUGAAGCUAAUUAUGUGAAGAGCCUGCAAGAUGUUGAACAUAAUGCUCUUACUGAAGAUGAAGUCUCUAAGAUAAGGAAGCUAUCAAGAGAGAAGAAUAUUGCCAAAAGAAUCAUUGGUAGCGUUGCUCCUUCUAUCCAUGGGCACAAUUUUAUCAAAACUGCUUUGAUGUUGGCAAUGUUUGGGGGCGAGCCAAAGGAUGUUGCAGGAAAACAUAAGAUUCGAGGAGACAUCAAUAUUCUCCUUCUUGGAGAUCCAGGUACAGCGAAGUCUCAGUUCUUGAAAUAUGUUGAGAAGACUUUCCAUAGAGUUGUCUACACAACAGGGAAAGGAGCCAGUGCUGUCGGUCUCACAGCUGGAGUUAUUAGAGAUCCAAUUACUAAAGAAUGGAUGCUUGAAGGAGGAGCCCUUGUGUUAGCAGAUAAAGGAGUCUGCUUAAUUGAUGAGUUUGACAAAAUGAAUGAAGUAGAUAGAACCUCAAUUCAUGAAGCGAUGGAGCAACAGUCUAUUUCAAUCUCAAAAGCUGGAAUAGUGACAAGCUUGAAAGCCAGAUGUUCUGUAAUUGCAGCAGCAAAUCCUAUUUUUGGAAGAUAUGACCCUCAAAGAAACUUCAUGGAUAAUGUUGAUCUCACUGAUCCUAUUAUUUCAAGAUUUGAUAUCCUCUCAGUUGUCAGAGAUGAGGUUGACUAUUACAAGGACAGAUCUUUGGCUACUUUCGUGAUAAAUUCUCAUAUCAGAAGUCAUCCACUAGAUAAUACACCUGAAAGACUUAAUGAGACCCUUCUUGAAGAAGAUGUUACUGAAUUAAGUAAAGAUGAACUCCUUUCUCAACAACUACUGAAGAAAUACAUUAUUUAUGCAAGAAAAUUUAUUCAUCCAAAGCUGACAGAUGUAGAUAAAGAGAAGAUCUCAGAUUUUUACUCAGCAAUCAGAAAGUACUCUUCAGCAGUUGGCGGACUCCCAAUUGGAAUCAGGCACAUUGAAAGCAUGCUCAGAAUGUCAGAAGCUCAUGCCAAAAUGCAUUUAAGAGAGUAUGUCCAGACUGUUGAUAUUGACUUGGCAAUAAAGAUGCUUCUAGAAAGUUUCCUCCAGAGUCAGAAAUCAUCCCUUGCAAGUGCACUAAGACCUAAGCUAAUAAAAUUCCUUUCUCAUUCUGAAGAUGAUUAUGAUCUUUUGCUUCAUACUCUCAACAAGCUAGCUAAAGAAAAGGCAAGCUUCCUCAGACUAAAUAAUGGAGGGAUUGGUGGUGUAUUGGACAUUGAAAUAUCAGUACAUGAAUUCAGUAACGAGACCAAGGAUAUUUCCCAUUACACCAUAGAGAAGUUCUUCAAGUCAGUAGCUUUCUGUAAGCAAUACUCGAUUGAAGGGGAUUUCAUCAAGACCAAAGUAAUCUAAGCAAUAAAUUUCGAAGUAUCUCAAUUUUCAGAUAAA